AUGAGCCAAAACAUCUACGACAGUAUCCCCUUCUUUGAGUCCUACAGCAAGUACCCCCGUAUGGAAAAAGGUCUCGCCGGCGCCUCCGAAUGGCCGCUCCUCGAGACCAUGCUCCCACCGUCUCUCGUCUCCAAGACCGUCCUCGACCUCGGCUGCGGCGACGGUUGGUUCUCCCGCUGGGCUCUCGACCAAGGCGCCAAAGCUGUGUGCGCCAUGGACGUGUCCAAGAACAUGCUCAGCCGUGCCCGCGCGCUCAGUCCGCCCGACCAAUACUCGGGCAUAACCUUCCGCCAAGUCGACAUGGACAUCGAGGUGUUAUCCGAAAAACUGGAUCCCGAGGAAGAGGCGGCAUAUGACGUUGCCUUUAGCGGCCUCGCUCUGCACUACCUCGUCAACUUGGAGGCGGCUCUCCGCCAGGUGUUUAGGUCUCUGAGUCCGGGCGGCUUGUUCGUCUUUUCUGUUGAACACCCCAUCUUCACGGCUCCGCAACGGCCGGGGUUCAACAAGAAGACGGGAGCUGGAGCUGCCCAGGGCCAGCAGGACUGGCCUUUGAGUAGCUACUUUGCUGAGGGAGAACGGGAGGUGAAUUGGCUGGGUGCGCCGGUUAGGAAGCAGCAUCGUACCAUUUCUAGUUAUCUGAAGGCACUCCGUACUGUGGGUUUCGAAGUUGUUGUCGUGGAUGAAUGGGGUGUUAGUGAAGAUGAUAGCCGUAAACACCCUGACUGGCCAAACGAUGGGGGGAUUCCACGGUUUUUGCUCAUCUCUGCGAUGAAGAGGGUAGAUGCGGCGGAUAGUCUUUGA